AUGGCCACGAAGACUAGGCCCGAUCGCUCGGCCGAGCGCCCAGCCGUCGACGACUGGCCGGAAGCGGCCCAGGAUGACACUCCUGUCCCGCCGGUCGCCUCGAUCGCCGAGUCCCCGGGCCCUGGCCCCACCCCGCCAGAUGGCAUGACCGCCGUGGGCCGGACCCUCACCGCCGCGGCCGCCUCCGUGGUCUCGACCACGCGCCAGCUUGGGUCCCAGUAUCUGGAUGCCGUGCUGCACCUGGACCCCGGCCUGGUGACUAACAUCGAGCGCGGUGUCCACCUCUUCGCCUACUCGGUGCCCGCGUGGAUCCCCGCACGGGAGACCGUGUCCCAAGUGUGUCACGCCCUGCCCGGACUGCACUCGGUCUUGUAUGACUAUGGCCUCCGCCAGGCGGCCGGCGGCCGAUACGUCCCGGCCGACCCCCGCGCGCGCACCCUUACCCGGGACAUUGAGCCGGCCAGGACGCCGGCGUCUGCGUCCGCCUCGCCGGAUGCCGGCACCGCCCCGGCGGCCGCCCCCCGAUCGGCGCAGGUGUAUCGCUUUGCGUCCUACCUGCUGGAGGUGCUGAAGCAGCUGCAGCUGUCGGCCGAGCUCUUCGGCGCCAGCGUCGACCGAACCGCCGGCCAGCCCCUGCAACAGACCCUGGCCCGGCCGCGAUCCUGGCGCUGGAGUCUGAUCCUCACCUUUGAGGUGGUCAAGCUGUAUGCCCUUUUCACUCGGCGGCGCAUGCUACUUACGCAGUCGCUGGUGCCGGAAACCGAUCGCGCCAAGGCCCGUGCGGCGGCCGUCGAAGUGGGCGCCGCCCCGGCGGCCCCCGGCGCCAAGCCCGCCGACGCCGGCUCAAUCUCCCCCGGCCCGGGUGGUGUGUCCUUCUGGCGGGGCAGCCGCACAGGCCGGGUGUUUCCCGUGUUCAAGGGCCCCCCAUCGCCCGGGGCCCUGGGCGAGGAACCCCCGGCCGCCGGGGGUCUCGGCGGCGACACCGGCCGCCGGUACCUCAAAGAGCUGGCCCGGUGCGAGCCGGUCAACGAUUCGCUGGCGCGCCCGACAUGCGGCGGCCCUGCCGGCCGGCGGCUGGACACCUUCGGCCUGGUGAUCGAGGUGCUGCAUGCCCUGCGCCCGCUGCUGUACGUGGCCCUGAUGACUCGGUCGCUGGGCCGGCGGUCGGCCGGCGGCCGGCGAUCGGCCCUCUGGCAGGCGUGGGCCCUGUCAGCCCUGCUGGAAGUGUCCUGCCUGCUGGUGCACCGGUACCGCGCGGGGGCCGGGCGUGGAGGGUUCGCCGAUGCCGGCAGCCUCGGGCAUCUGGUGGCCCUGCUCCGGACCUUCUUCCAACGCUUGGGGUUCCCCGCGUCCGGGGGGGUUCCCCUCCCGGAGCCGGUGUCCAACGGCCUGGAUGCCCUUGUGCCCGGGUGGGACGCGCGCGACAUCCGAUACUCGGAGGCCGAGCGCCAGGAGCUGGACGACCGCCAGGGCCGGCUCAUUUGGUGGCUGCUCCGCGAGCCGGCCUUCAGCUCGGGAAUAGGAUCGGCCCUCUCAUCGCUGGGCGCCUGGCUGUCGGACAAGCCGCUGAUUGGCUUCACCGGAGGCCUUGUGCAGGACUACCUGGCUGUCUGGCGAAACUCGUACUACGAGACGGCCACACUGUGA